AUAAAUUUUAAACGCAAGGGUUUUUCCAUAUCUCCUUCAAAUUAGGAAAUUAACCAAAUUUUAAAUUAUAAGCAAUUUUGUUUAUUUUUUUCUAAACAAAGUUGUACCCAAAAUAAAAUUGAAAUAAUGGAGGAGGAACAAACUGCAGUAUUUGGAAUAAUAGAUCAACUAAGCACCCGAAGCAACACUUCUAUUACCGGCAAAUUUGUUAAUGGAAGUAAAAUUUCACUAUCAGCUUACAAACAUAUUACAAGCACCACUCAAGAUCGACCAACAGAACAUGCCAACAAAGAAGAUGUAAAUGUCUAUCAUUUGCAACCAAAUUUUCUUUUCGAUGAACCAAUUUUGAGGAGUCUCCUAGCAGAGGCAAAUAAUACAUUUGUAACCCUUCAAGAUCUGAAAAAGAAUGCAAACAAAAAUGCAUACUUGAAAAUCUCACGAACUUAUCGCAGCAUCAUCCGCGCUUGUCUGGAGAAGCUUCAGGAAGCAGACUCUUCACAGUUGGAGCAAACCGAAGACAGUUCAAGAUUCCAAAACUACAUAACAAUCUUUUAUUCGAUAGAAUGCGUAUGGCAUUUGUGUGAGAUAUUUUUUAUCGAUACAUCUGCCUCGAAUGUAGUUGUUCCACAGCUUUUAGAUUGGAUACGUUUUCAUUUUCCCGCCGUUGAAAGAAUGGCUACAGAUCUUCUUUUGUUAGGAAGAGAUGCUGCAGAUGAAGAAGAUUAUUGGCCCACAGUCAAAGGAUUAAUACUUCAAGGGCAGGUUGAUGUUGCAAGAGCUAUAUUACAGCUGCAUCCUUUGUCAGAAAACAGCGCAUUUAAAAUGACGGAACAAAUCUUGCGAACAAUGCCUUCUGCUAGCCUCUACGGUGGUUUUUCUAUACAAAAAUUUCGCGCACAAUGGCAAUAUUGGCAAGUGGACACAGAAAGGAAAAUUGCAGCGGAUAUAAUUUCUAUUGAACCGAAUCUAGAGAUUAUUAUAAAAUUAGUCACUGGAGACACGAAAACGUGGAAUAAACAAAUCAAGGAAUCAAACUAUUGGUACGAAUAUCUACCUGGGUAUCUAUUUUACACGGAGCCUGCUUGUAAACAUUUUGAACUGGCCACAUUAGCUAACUCGUGGAUUAAUAGAUGGAUUACAAAUAAGGGGAAUUCAUAUAGUGGCUCCUUGAAAUAUUUGGAUAAAGUUAUUCUGAAUUUGAUGGAAAACGAUCUUCAUAAAGUUAUUCAUGCAAUUCAGUUGAUGUGUGAUAAUCAAUGGUUUGUUACACAUUUAACAGACUUGUUGUACCAUUGUGAGAAGCUACAAGUAAUUGGAGACCAACGAAAUAAUGAUUGUUUAAAACUAAGAGAUUCUCUAUUGUUUGAGUUUGGUUCAUGUCUAAUGUCAAGAAGUCCGUUUUGGCAGCUUGGAAUGGAUUAUUUAGAACAUUGUUCCUUUGAAGGUAAAGGUGCCAUGGAAAUAUUUUUAACUAAAAUUCCUAUUCGUACUGAAAAACAGGCCUUAAAAAUAAUUGGUAUCUGUCGUCAAAAAGGACUUCAUUUAGCUGAAAAAGAAAUCUGCAAGGUUCAGUCAAAAAAGUCGUUUGACGAUGGACGUUAUGGCAAUGCUUUGGAGUGGGCUAUUCGGUCAAAGGAUGCAAUCUUCGUUACAUCAAUUGCAGAUUUCUUUUUGAAUCACUAUUCUAAAAAUGGCGACAUGAUCAGCCCAGAUGUAAUCGCCAAUAUUGGAGCAAAAAUGUUCAUUUCGCCUCGUUUAGUUUUUCUGGUAAAGUAUUUUGAUUUUUAUCAAUUUUAUCGUCGGAAGGACUUUUUGCCUGCUGCUGAAUUGCUAGUUAAUCUUUUGGACUCAAAAAUCACACCAGAAUAUUUCUGGCCGUCGUUGCUCAUCGAUACCAUUCCUUUGUUGGAAUCAAAAGAUCCAAAGAUAUUGGCAAAAGAAACUUGUGCGAUUCUAAACCACUUGGAAUCUCAAUUAGUACCUUUGAUUGAGAAGAAAAAGAAAAUUAUAGAAAAACAACCCAAUGCAACUAUUGACAUUCUAAAGGAUUAUCGUAUUGAAAAUAUCGAAGAGAUAAUAAACUUAUUGCGACUUGCAUGUGCAAGAAAUCUGAGUAGAGCAAUUAUUAUCGAAAACACUGUUAUAGCUUAAGUUGUACAUGAUAUUGUUUUAUAAAGAUUUGUGUACCUAAACAAAACUGAUGAUCGAA